UGCAACAUCGCCCCAGACGAGCUCUCUCUAUUUCGUUCCUCCCCCAUUUCCGCCUUUCCCUUAUCCACCCCCACACCCCUCACGCAGAUCCGUCUUCGUGGGAUGCGACGGUCAGCACGGCAGCGAGGCAAAGGAACGGCGGCACCGGCGGGCAGGGAGGGAGUGCAGACACGCGCAUCGUCGUCGCUCUCCAUGGCCGCCGACGACCCAGAGACCAGAAUGGAUGAUGAUGAAUAUACCGCUGAUGGGUCAUUCUCGACACGUUUCUCAGCCACCCGGCUGCGGCAGGUUGCAAAUAGUCAGUCUGAAAAGAAGAAGGACAUUCUAAGCAAAGGCAGCUUUGGUUCGCUCUUGAAUAUCAACUCUUUCUCCGUGUCGGCUGAUCUGCUGGAUUGGGUAGUCAUGAAAAUCGACACAAAUUCAGCGUUGUUUAGUCACAAAAGGAAGUCUAUACUCUUCACAAAAGACAUGGUGCGAAAAAAAAUUAAUGUGCCUUCUGGGUCAAGGCCAGUGGAGCUGUUGAGGAGGAAUGAGCCACAUGUGCUGCGUGAACCGUAUCGAGUAGGCUCAAGGGCUCCAAUGAAGCACACCAUUCAAGUGCUCAAGGCCGCAAAGGAUGAUGAUGUUGUUACUAUAAAUAGGUCAUGGGUGUUAUUAUGCAUCGCUCUCGUGCUAUCCCCUAGGACUGGCAACAUGGUACCCCUAGAGUACCUUGGGAGCUUGGUGGACAUGGACAAGAUCGAUGAUUUUGCAUGGGAUGAGCACUUCUUGGCUGCUGCGUUGAAGGAGGUUAAGAAGUAUCAACGGAAGAGGGAGGCAGGGAAGAGUGGCUUUUGGAUCGGCAGUUGUCUGCCAAUGUUUGCGAUAAUUUAUAUGGACUUUGUUGAUGUGCCUCGGUCGUUGGUUUCUCAGCAUAGGAUUAACUAUUCUCUCCCAAGGGCAUGCUUCGUAUGCAACAAUGAUUUCAAAUUGGUAGAAGAAAUUGACAAGAACAAGCUCAGCCUCGAUAAGAUUGAAUUUGGAAAACGGAAUCUUCGCCGUUUGCCAGAGACGCCGUAUGUAUCAUUUGAGGGCUGCAAUGGAGCUGAUCGCGAGAACAACAAUGUGGAAGGAGCUAGUGGAGAUGCAAACAUUCCUGAGAUACCCAGCAUCCCAGGCACAAAUGGGAGUGAGAUUGGUGGCGAUGUCUGCGGCUCUCUAGAUGAGUGGCUGCAACCACUGCCUUCAAGUCAAGACUUGGAAAUUCCAGAGCACAUGAUACCAAUAUAUGAGAAGCACAAGAAGUUGCACGCAGCAGAAGUGAAGAAUGUUCUCUUGUCGUUCGGUUAGGUUAUCCAGUCAGUGUUCUGUAAGCGUGUGGCAUCCAUAUUGGUUGAAGCAAACUCCACCACAGCAAGCACCAAGGAGAAGAUCUUCGAGGACGUUACUUUUCAUCCUCCAGCAGGUAAUGCAGGCAGUGCAGCCAACACAGCAACUGUAGAUCAAACCAGCGCUCCCCCCAUACUAGCCCUACUCCACACAUGAGUGCUGUAG